CCGCUGACGGAGGAGGGAGGCAGCCGUGGGUAAGGGCAGCCGCUUUCUCCGAGGGGAGAGCAGAGGAAGGAUUUCUCCAGCCUGCCUCUUAAGGCAGCGACGUCUCCAUCCCCUCCCUCGCUCCCUCCCCACCCGACCGUCCGGCGUAAGGGUGCCGGGACCUCGUCCUUUGGCUGGAGCUUCCCGGCGAGACCCAUGAAUCCCUACAUCAACUGCUCCAGCCCCGAGCUCCCCCUGCCCCAGCGAGACUUCCCCGCAGAGCCCCUCAGCCCGGGUCUCUGCAACAGGACUCACCCGGACGCCUUGUUCGACCCCAAGGACGCCAACCUGACGGAGGAGCAGCUGCGGGAUAAGUACCUGGGGCCCCGGCGGUCCAGCUUCUUCGUCCCCGUCUGCGUCGUCUACCUGCUGAUCUUCGCCGUGGGGGCGGUGGGCAACACGCUGACCUGCAUCGUCAUCCUCCGGCACCGCUUCAUGAGGACGCCCACCAACUACUACCUGUUCAGCCUGGCCGUGUCCGACCUGCUGGUGCUGCUGCUGGGGAUGCCGCUGGAGCUGUACGACAUGUGGAGCAACUACCCCUUCCUGCUGGGCGCCAGCGGCUGCUACUUCAAGACGCUGCUCUUCGAGGCCGUCUGCUUCGCCUCCAUCCUCAACGUCACGGCCCUGAGCGUCGAGCGCUACAUCGCCGUGGUGCACCCGCUCAAGGCCAAGUAUGUGGUGACCAGGAACCACGCCAAGAGGGUGAUCGUCGCCAUCUGGCUCAUGGCGGUGGUCUGCUCCAUCCCCAACACCAGCCUCCACGGGCUGCGGCCCCUCUACGUGCCCGGCCGGGGCCGCGUGCCCGACUCGGAGAUCUGCACCCUGGUGAAGCCGCGCUUGACCUACAACCUCAUCAUCCAGAUCACCACCAUCGUCUUCUUCUUCCUGCCCAUGGGGACCAUCAGCAUCCUCUACCUGCUCAUCGGCCUGCAGCUCAAGAAGGAGAAGAUGCUGGAGGCCUUGGGGGCCAAGUCCAGCGGCGACGGCGACUACCGCGGCGUCCGGGGGCAGAAGAAGGUGAAGAGGAGGCAGGUCACAAAGAUGCUGUUCGUGCUGGUGGUGGUGUUCGGGAUCUGCUGGGCCCCCUUCCACACCGACCGCCUCGUCUGGAGCUUCGUCUCCACCUGGACCAGCCGCAUGCUCCACAUGUUCCAGUACGUCCACAUCAUUUCGGGCGUCUUCUUCUACCUGAGCUCGGCCGCCAACCCCAUCCUCUACAACCUGAUGUCCACCCGCUUCCGCGAGAUGUUCAAGGAGGUGAUGUGCCACCCGGGCCACCGCCCGCCGGGCUCGCGCAAGUACUCGCCCAGCGUCACCCACGCCACCACCCGCAGCACCGAGUGCGAGCCCGUGCCCGGCGCCAACGGGCUGCCCCUGUCCGACGUCGAGGAGUACGAGAUGGAGGAGGUGGAGGGGGGGCAGGCAGCCACGCACACGACGUCCCUCUGCUGA